GUGGCUUGGGCAAUUACGCCACAGCUCACUGAAUUCGAUCGCCUCUCUCUCUCGUUGCUGCCUUCUGGCAAACCAUGGCCGUCCAGGUUCAACGAACGCCCCUCCCCCGGUCCACGUACACCGGCCAUCGGGUCUAUCUCCUGCGGGCCCCACCUGCAGUGACACGGUGCACCGUGGACCGCGCCUUUCCGCGCAGUCAUGGACCUCCCCUUCCUCCUCUCCUGUAUAAAACCUCGCGUCCUGAUGCUUCCUCCUCCAACUCCACGAGCCGCCAUUUCCCAAGGAGGAGCAAGGAUUGUUGUUGUUUCGCUGUCAGAUCGAUUCCUGACGGGAUAAUGGGUGAGACCAUCGCCAAGGAUGUCACCGAGUUGAUUGGGAACACGCCGUUGGUGUACCUCAACCGGGUGACGGAUGGGUGCGUCGGGCGCGUCGCGGCCAAGCUCGAGUCCAUGGAGCCAUGCUCCAGCGUCAAGGAUAGGAUUGGAUACAGUAUGAUCACUGAUGCAGAGGAGAAGGGGCUGAUCACUCCAGGCAAGAGUGUGCUGAUUGAGCCAACUAGUGGCAACACAGGCAUUGGACUGGCCUUCAUGGCUGCUGCAAAGGGUUACAGGCUUGUACUCACGAUGCCGGCCUCCAUGAGCAUGGAGAGGAGAAUCAUAUUGAAGGCUUUUGGUGCUGAAUUGAUACUUACUGACCCACUCUUGGGAAUGAAAGGAGCUGUCCAAAAGGCAGAAGAACUGGCAGCGAAGACAAACAACUCAUUUAUCCUCCAACAAUUCGAGAACCCUGCUAACCCAAAGAUCCAUUACGAGACCACUGGACCUGAAAUCUGGAAAGGAACAGGAGGUAAAGUUGAUGGUUUAGUUUCUGGUAUUGGGACAGGUGGCACUAUUACUGGAGCUGGACGAUACCUCAGAGAGCAAAAUCCUGAUAUCAAGAUCUAUGGUGUGGAGCCAGUCGAGAGCGCUGUCUUAUCUGGUGGAAAGCCUGGGCCACACAAGAUUCAAGGAAUUGGAGCUGGUUUUGUUCCUGGGGUCCUGGAUGUUGACCUCAUCAAUGAAACUGUACAAGUUUCAAGUGAUGAAGCUAUCGAGAUGGCAAAGGCUCUUGCAUUGAAAGAAGGGUUGCUGGUUGGAAUAUCUUCAGGUGCAGCUGCAGCAGCAGCUGUUAGGCUCGCUCAGAGGCCGGAAAAUGAAGGAAAACUUUUUGUUGUUGUCUUCCCAAGCUUUGGUGAGCGGUACCUUUCGUCGGUGCUCUUCCAGUCCAUCAAGAAGGAAGCUGAAAACAUGGUGGUUGAAUGAAAUGCACAAUAUCCGGGAAUCCACAGGAAUAAAAGUUUGGUAUCUCUGCUUGUGUGAUUAAACAUACAUUGUCCUGCCAUUUUCAAGUUGUUCUGCUUGUGUAGCAAUGGGGAACACAGUGUGUUAGCCUUGUAGUGUUAAACAGUUUACAUUUUAUCUUCCCUGUAUAUCAGAACCCUUUACAUGGGCAUUUGUCAGCCAGUGUGAAUGAAAUAAAGCAUCAUAUGAUUUGUCUCA